AUGAUUGCAUCCGAUCCCCCUGUACUCUCUAACUGGGAUUUUUCCGGGGUACACGACCUACUGAGGUCGCCCACCUACAAGGGCACCUCCGAACCUUUUCGCCACCAUGAAGAUUCCACCCCGUCGUUUCCUGAUGAGGAAACCAAGCAUCCUACUUGCCAUACCCGAGAAAUCAUGUCGCCCUCAUCGCAACGAAGCUUUCCCAGGCUAGGUGACUUCAGCGCAGUCUGGGAGCUUUUACAUGGAGAAUCUGCUCCCACCAGUGUCGCAUCACCUUCAGUGACCACUAAGUCUGAGCUGGACAUGGCUCAACCACCACUUGAUGAAGUCCCUUCUGCUUUGAUUGAGAAGUCCAGCAAAGGUGCCUCGUUUUCUGGUCUUACUAACCAUGUGCCAACUUCUCCAUCAAUCACUAUUUUGAAGCGCGUUCCAGGCCACAAGCCCCUCGCUGAGAAUACUAAGAAUGCCAGUGUGAAUAUGCCACUUGAUAUUCCACGAACACCCGCUAAACCGAUUGCCGGAGCCGGUGAUCUAAGUGACACACCUAAGGCGAAAUCCAAGCGCCGGUCCCGUGGAAAGACUUCCCGAAAUGAUCCGUUUUCCUCGGAAGGUAGUGCCGGUGUAGACUCAGACACAAGCCUUGUUUUUGAUCCUCCUAUGUGUGCGACAACGGAUGCAUUCGCAUUCAUCCCUGCCCAAGUGGGCACCCCUGAAGCGAAGCAUAACCGCUAUGAUACUCCGCCUUCUUCAUACGAUGAUUCGGACUGUACAUUGACUGCCGACACUAUCAAAGGCCUUGCUGGAGGCACUCAUGUUCGAUCUACUUUGUACAAGUCAUCCAUCGAGCGGAGAGUCGCUUUGGUGCGCAGACUCCUUGAUGAUUUCCCUGAGUAUGCCACAAUCGUUUCUCGUUCGAAAGAGACCUUGACAGGUUCCAGCGAGGGCAUUGACUCCCCUCCAAUUCAUGUUUUUAUUGACAUGUCAAACAUCCUGGUGGGAUUCCACGACGCUGUGAAAGCCUCUCGAAGCAUUCCCCUCUCCACUCGUAUCCGUCGCAUCCACAUGUCCUUCUCCAAUUUGGCGCUAAUCAUGGAACGCGGUCGUCAAACCGCCAAGAGAGUCUUGGUCGGUUCCGAUCGACUGCCCUCCAUCGACGAAGCGGAGAGUCUUGGCUACGAAACAAAUAUCCUUGAGCGUGUCCAAAAGAAGUCCGGCACACCUCGUCUAGAGAAGGUCUGGAAAGAUGGCCUCCCUAGCAAGGGGACAAUCGGCGGUCCUGAAACGGUCGCCGCCCCUGGACGGGUCGAACAGGGUGUAGACGAAAUUCUACACCUGAAGAUGCUUGAGAGCCUCAUUGACACGGACAAGCCAGCAACGAUUGUUCUGGCGACCGGAGACGCAGCAGCGGCGGAGUUUUCCGGCGGUUUCAUGAAAAUGGUUGAGCGUGCAUUACGACGCAGGUGGAAAGUUGAGCUGGUCAGCUUCGCUCAGGGUACGAGCUAUGCGUAUCGCAGAAAGGAAUUCCGAAAUCAGUGGGGCGAUCAGUUUCAGCUGAUCGAGCUUGAUCCAUAUGUGGAAGAGCUCUUUGAUCGAUGA